AUGUCGCACCACGCACGCUCGCACACCAGAGUUCUGCGCCCCCACUCCCCCUCCCACCCGAGAUUGUCGCCGAUCCGAGAUAGCCGUGUGCGUGGUAUCGAUUUUGCCCCAACCACCACCACAGACGGAGAACCUACCUCUCAUGUCGACGCCGCCGGAGGAGGAGCAGGUGGUGUCACGAUCAGCAAGGAGGUGGACCUCAAGCCCGUUGUCAUGAAGUGGGAGGUGCUGCAGGCCGACCACUUCCACAACGGAACGCCUAGGCCAGACAACUGGGGAACAUCUCGGCCCUCCUUUGGGUUCUUCUCACUCGACCUCGGCUACUCACUCCUCUUCACCGAGGCGCUCCUCGCCCCCGCCAUCCCCUCCGUCUUAGCGCACACUGACGAUAUCUUCCUACCUCUCGUUAGGCAUGCGGCUCUCGCGCCGGCGACGGCAAGGAGCGCUGGCUUAACUCAGAGCUGGCUCAUGCUCACGUGCUUCCAGACCUCCGUCGUCUCAUCAGCCAUGUUCCUCACCGCGAUGGUAGCCAAAUCACUCUCACCCAACCUCACGACUGCCACCAUCGGCCAGGGGAUUGGGUGGAAGCUCUAGGCAAAGGCCACCAUUGUGUCAGGACUACUAUCGCUCAUGCUCGUGCCGCUUAUUUUGUAUGUGAUCUACUCGCCGGAUGUGAAGGAUAGCCCCGAUGCGCCACGCCUGGCCAAGGAGCGGCUCACCAAGAUGGGACCCAUGAGCAAGAAGGAUAAAAUAAUGGCUGGCUUGCUACUACUUACGGUAUAAUUAUACACACUUGUCAUUUUGGC